AUGCUGUCACGGAGGGUGAAAGCGUCCGAUGCAGAUGCAGGGCUCUACGGCUUUGUUGAAUAUUCUCUUUAUGAUGGAUUCCAAAGCUAUGUAGCACCUGAAGCAUUUCAGAUUGACCCACAUGAUGGACGAAUCUGUGUUUCUCAAGAUAUCGACAGGGAAAGGGACCCAGCCACCUAUGAUCUCUUGGUGAAGGCCAAAGAUGGGGGUGGACUAAGUGCCCAGGCUUUUGUCCGUGUGGAAAUAGAGGAUGUGAAUGAUAAUCGACCUGUAUUUAACCCAUCAACCUACGUGACAAGCAUCAGUGGUCAGACCCAGCCGGGCACUGAGAUCAUCAAUGCUCUUGCCACCGACAGGGAUUCUGGGGUCUAUGGAACUGUGACUUACGAGCUCAUUCCUGGAGACCUGUCAUCCCUUUUCAUCAUUGACUCCACAACAGGAAUUAUUUAUUUAACAUCAACUCUUAGUCAUUUGGAAUCUACUACACUUUUGUUGAUGGUCUGUGCUCGAGAUGGUGGUGGACUCACAUCUGCCAUCAAUGCCGAAGUCACUAUACACAUUCUUCUGACAACUCUGGUGCCUACUGAAUUUGAAAGGUCCAAGUAUACAUUCUCAAUUUAUGAAGAUGUGCCUGAAGGCAGUCCUGUUGGAACAGUAAAAGCAAGAGAGUCCUUCAAUUCCACAGAGCCAAUCUUUUACAGAAUCACUUCUGGUGAUGUGGAUGGAAAGUUCUCUAUUCACCCAUGGCUGGGCACCAUUUGUACCCAGAAGCCUCUGGAUCAUGAAACACAGCCCGUGGUUGUGCUCACCAUCCAGGCACAGCUGAAUAGCUCCCCAGUGUGCAGCAGCACAGAAGCCAACAUAACUGUCCUCGACAUCAAUGAUAACUACCCAGCUUUUCUCACAGACUCUGACGAGAUUAAAAUAUUUCAGCACACACCGCCUGGCACAGCCUUGUACCUUGCACGAGCAGAAGACAAAGACAGUGGCCUGAAUGGAUUUAUCCGAUACUUGAUUGCCAGCCAAACCUCGGGCAUCUUCACCAUUGAUCAAGACCUUGGUGUGGUGUACCUCAAUGAGAGUCUGAGAGAGGAAACCCUGCAGAAGCAUGUGCUGACACUCAUGGCUGAGGACCAUGGAGUUCCUCCUCGGGCAUCCCUGUUAGUGCUGACUGUAAUUAUCGAAAAGCAAGAAUCAAGUCCACACUUGACUUUUGAAAAUUUGGUCUAUCGAGUAGAAAUUAGUGAAUCCCUCUCACCAGUUACUCAAAUACUGCAAAUACAGGCCUACCCACUAGGCCCACAGCACACAACUUCACAGCCCAUGUACUCCCUAGAACCCAGUAUAGACUCUGCUCUGUUUGGCAUCAGCCCUUACACAGGUUGGAUUUAUUUGCGGCGACAACUUGACUAUGAAUCCACAAAAACAUAUAGAUUUAGAGUGUUUGCCUGGAUCCCAGAAGACAGAUUGUUGCAAAAUGUGAGCACUUCAGUAAUUGUUCAAGUGCUGGAUGAGAAUGACAAUUCCCCUACCUUCUUGCAUGAUGUGUUGUUUUUGAAAGUCAAGGAGAGUCCUCUUCCCCAAGGGGUAAUAGGCAAAAUUACAGCAAUUGACAGAGACUCUGGGAAGAAUGGACAGCUCUCAUAUUUCCUUUUGUCUGAUGGCAAAUUCUUCAAGAUGAACCCUAAUACAGAUGUAGCUCAUAAUGUCAACACCCUAAUACCCAGAGUCUAUCUCUCUUACUCUACCCUGUGUUCCUCAGGUGAGCUUAUAAAUUGGGUGGCUUUAGAUCAUGAACAGCAAGUAUACCAUCAGAUGACUGUGCUGGUGACGGACCAUGGCUCCCCACCAAGAAAUGCCACCAUGGUGGUUUAUAUCUCAGUUACUGACAUCAAUGAUAAUAAGCCAUAUUUCCCACAAUGUCUCCCAGGGAAGGAAUUACACAUCAAGGUGCUGGAAGGUCAACCAGUAAAUAUGUUAGUUACAACUGUGUUUGCAAAAGAUCUUGAUGAAGGAAACAAUGGAGAAGUUAUAUAUUCAGUAUCUUCAGGAGAUAGUUCUGAUCACUUUAAGAUUGAUGAGAACAGUGGUGAAAUAAGAACAACUACAAUACUUUCAUAUGAUUACAGACCUUUCUAUAGGAUGACUAUAAUUGCCAGUGACCAGGGCAUGCCUCCCCUUCAAGGUCAUGCAGUUAUUAAUAUUCAGGUGAUACCACAAUCCAGAGGGAGCUCUAUCAUUUCUCAGAAUAUUAGACAUUUGGUUAUACCAGAAAACCUGAAGCCUGCGAAAAUAAUGAACUUGAUAAAGUCAUCUGACCACCUGCAACAACAUCACAAUAGAAAGUUACAUUUCAGUAUCAUUGCAGAUGACAAGGAUAGUCAUUUUGACAUUGACAGCUCAACAGGAGACUUGUUUCUUUCCAAGGGACUUGAUUAUGAAAUGACAUCUCAUUAUCUUUUCCGGGUGGUUACUAAAGACCAUAGCAAAGAUCCUCCUCUGAAUAGCACAGUCUUCCUUAGUAUUGAUGUGGAAGAUCAGAAUGACCAUUCCCCCACUUUCCAGGAAGAAUUCAUUGUGGUCAGUAUAGAAGAGAAUGUUCCUAUAGGUACUCUAGUAUAUAUUUUCAAUGCCAAAGAUGGUGAUGGCAGUUUUCUGAACAGUAGAAUACAGUACUUCAUUGAAUCCCAUCAUCCUGGAAGGAACCCAUUUCUCAUCCACCCCUCAUCUGGCACAUUAGUCACUGCAUCCCUCCUUGACAGAGAAAGUGUUCCCACUGUCAUCUUGAAAAUAACUGCAUCUGAUCGGGCUGUGAAUGUGACAGACCGACGACUGAGGUCACUGAUGGUUAAGGUAGUGAUUUUAGAUGUAAAUGACCACAGCCCCACGUUCAUGUCCUUCCCCAUUGUUCACAUCAAAGAGGAUGCUACAGUGGGCUCCGUGGUGCACCAUAUAACUGCUCAAGAUCCAGAUGAAGGAAGGAAUGGAAGAGUAACAUACAGCAUCCUCUCGGGAAAUGAAAACUUGGCCUUUAUACUAGAUAAGUCAUCAGGCCUUCUAACUACAACUUGUUCUUUGGAUCAUGAAAUCCGAUCACAGCACAUUCUGACCCUACUGGCACUGGAUGAUGGCAUACCAGCGCUUUCUUCAUCCCAGACCUUGACAAUUACUGUUCUUGAUGUAAAUGAUGAGAUACCAGUAUUUAAGCAGCACUUGUAUAAAGCUUCAGUUAAAGAAAACCAAAAUCCAGGAGAGUUUGUCCUAAGAGUGGAAGCUAUGGAUAGAGAUUCAGGAAUCAAUUCCAAGCUUCAGUUUGAAAUCAUGCCGGGUGCUUCAUUUGGGUUUUUCAAGAUCAAUCCUGAUACAGGAGAGGUAGUGACAACCACUGCGCUUGACAGAGAAGUUCAGGAAGUCUUCACCCUCAGAGUGCUUGUGCGAGAUGGGGGCAUCCCUUCGUUGUCCAGCACUGCAACAGUUCUCUGCACUGUCGAAGAUGAAAACGAUCAUGCACCGGAGUUUAUUGUCUCCUGGCAUAACAUUGAGGUUCCAGAAAACCGAGAGCCAGAGGUCGUCUAUACUGUUUUGGCCUUUGAUAGGGAUGCUGGCAAUAAUGGAGCUGUCGAGUAUCACAUAAUUGAUGGAAAUACUGAUGAGUACUUUGCCAUUAAUGAAACAUCAGGAAAACUUUCAACUACACGUGCUUUGGACUGGGAGCAGGUCAACAACUUUACCCUUGUCAUCCUGUGUUCUGAUCUGGGGGAUCCACCUAGGACCUCUGUGAUGCAGUUGCAAGUUAGGGUUUUGGAUGAUAAUGAUCACAGCCCUUCCUUCCCCAUGCUUCAUUAUCAGUCUUCUGUAAGAGAAGAUAUUGAAAUGGGAACAGUGGUUCUUGUGCUCUCUGCUAUGGAUGAAGAUGAAGGCGCAAAUGGGCAAAUUGAGUAUUUUCUGAUGAAUGAGGCUUCUGGUGUAUUCACCAUUGAUCCUGUGGCAGGCACAUUGAGAACUGCCCACACCCUCGACCGAGAAGCCAGAUCCCAGCAUACAUUCAGGGCAGUGGCCCGAGACUGUAGUGUCCAGGGCUCGAGAAGCACCACAGUAGUAAUAAACGUCCAUGUUACUGAUGUCAAUGACAACGACCCAGUUUGGGAACAGAACCCUUAUGACGUUUUUCUUUCCCACCAGUCACCUGCAAACCUCACAAUUGCCACUCUGAGAGCUGAUGACCCAGACCUGGGUCCCAAUGGAACUGUCCUUUUUAGUUUUACAGAAACCCAGUCAGUGUUUUCUAUUGAUAAACAUACAGGAGUAAUUCAACUUCGGCAAAGCCCAGCUUCUGAAUAUUUUCCCAUAUGGUUGCAAUUAAAAGUUAUGGACCAAGGGGUCCCAGCCAGGGCAACCACUGGUCUCUUGGUUGUUCACAUGGAAGGAGAAGAUAUAAAGCUUUCCUUCACUCAUCAUCUCUAUAAAGGGACUGUGACUGAAAAUUGUGAGGCAGGUACUUCCAUUGUGACUGUAAAAGCUUUUACCCCUCAUUCAACUGGAGACAGCAUUAAAUAUUUGAUUUUUAGUGGAAAUGAAGAUGGAGUAUUUUCCCUGUGCUCCAACUCAGGAGAACUCACUGUGAAAGAACCAAAGUUUCUUGAUUUUGAAGUCAGAAAUGAAGUGCAACUUAUUGUAUUAGCUGAAAGAAGUGGACAUAGAGCCUACAGCAAAGUAGCAAUCUUGAUACAAGAUGUGAAUGAUAAUUUUCCAUGUUUUGACCAAAGUGUUUACCAUGCAUCGCUGUCUGAAGGCCAGUUCUACAAUACUUAUGUCAUACAGGUUUUUGCUACUGACCCAGACAGUGGAUUAAAUGGCCUCCUUGAAUAUUCCAUUCUUUCUGGCAACCAAGGAGACGUGUUUCAGAUUGAUGCCAUGAGUGGUGUGAUAACAACAAAUUCAAUUCUGGAUUAUGAGUCCACCAGCUCCUAUAGCUUGAUUGUACAAGCCACAGAUAAAGGGAUACCCUCGCUUUCUGCUACAAGUGUGAUACAGAUACAGGUGACUGAUAUAAAUGACAAUGCCCCAGCUUUCCUUCCCUCCGAAGCAGUGGAAGUGGCAGAAAAUUCUUUGCCUGGUGUAAUUGUAACUCGAGUAUCAGUUCAUGAUGUGGAUUUGAAUCCAGCUUUCAUCUUUAGUUUCAUCCAAGAGAGUAAUCCUGGAGCCAAGUUCGCUAUUGAUCAGCACACUGGACUAGUGACGCUGAUGAAAACAUUGGAUUUUGAAGAAGCUGCUGAAUAUGAACUGCUCACACAAAUUUCUGACUCAGUGUACCACACAGAGGGAGUGCUCCUGGUCCACGUGUUGGAUACCAAUGAUAACCCACCAGUGUUUUCUCAAGAUUUCUAUCAGGCCACGGUUCCUGAGUCAGUAUCUGUGGGGUACCCAGUGUUGACCGUGUCAGCCACAGACUUGGACAGCAAUGAGAACAUUUCCUACAGAAUCCUUUCCUCUUCUAAGGAAUUCUCAAUUGACCCUAUGAAUGGCUCAAUAUUUACCAUCCAGCCUGUAUUACUUCUGAAUAAAAUAUCAACAAUCCAGUUUCUUGUGGAAGCCAGUGAUGGUGGACAUCCUGAGCUGAGGACUCUUGCAUUAGUGGAGAUAGAAAUACAAGAUAUGAACAAUUAUGCUCCCAAGUUUACAGUAGAAUACUAUAACCUCAGCUUGAGUGAAGAUGCCCUAAUUGGAGGCACACUUCUCACAUUAUCAACCUUUGACCAUGACUGGACCCUUGAAAACACACAUGUUGAAUAUUCUGUCAUCAGUGGUAAUUCACAGAAACAUUUCCAUAUGGAAACUAGUUUAUUUCAUCCAGAAGAUCCUUACACUCAGGUUGGUUAUCUUGUGUUGAUUCACAAUUUGGACAGAGAAACAAUUUCCAGUUACCAGCUUGUUGUUCUAGCGUCUGACCAUGGCUGCCCUUCAUUGAGUUCCACAGCCGUAAUAUCAAUAGAAGUACUUGAUGUCAAUGAUAAUCCACCUAAAUUCACCCACCAGGAAUAUCAUGCACAUGUCAAGGAAAGUAUACCUUUAGGGAGUGACAUCACUGUGGUCUCAGCAAAUGACUGUGAUAUGGGUUCAAAUGCUGAAAUAAUCUACCAACUAAUCUCUGGAAAUGAGAAGGGGAAUUUUCAACUAGAAGAAAAAACUGGAGUUCUCUAUUUGAUUAAACCUCUGGAUUAUGAGGAAACAAUAAAGUUCACUUUAACGGUCCAAGCUUCAGAUGAUGAAAAGAAAUAUUUUUCUUUUGCAAUUGUGUUUGUCAAUGUCUUGGAUGAUAAUGACCACACACCUCAGUUUAUGUUCCCAAGAGUGAACUGUGUUGUUCCAGAAAAUCAGCCUAUAUCUUCUACUAUAUGUUCUGUAAAUGCUUUGGAUUUUGACACUGGUCCUUAUGGAGAAUUGACAUAUUCUAUUUUAUCAUCCUGUUUUAGCACACAUGGACAACCUCUUGAUGAUGAUCUCUUCCUUAUUGAUCCUUUUACUGGGGAUAUCCAAGCUAAGCAAAUCCUUGACUAUGAACUUGAAAAUAAAUACUGCAUCACAAUUCAGGCAAAAGACAAAGGUGAUGCAACAGCCUCAUUAGUGGUGUGGGUAGAUAUUGAAGGGAUAGAUGAAUUUGAACCCAUUUUCACACAAGAUCAGUAUUUUUUCAACCUUCCAGAAAAGAGUAAAGUAAGACAGUUGAUUGGCAAAGUGGAAGCCUCAGAUGCUGAUGCUGGUAUCGAUGGAGUUAUUCUUUACUCCUUGGGAACCUCAACUCCUUUCUUUUCAGUAAAUAAAACUAAUGGAAAUAUCUAUUUGACUAGAGACCUUUCCCUAGUAAAAAGUCAACUCGGCAAAGAAGACACCAUUGAAAUGAACGUAAUUGCUCACAGCCCCAAGCUGCAUUCCAAGUUUACAUCUUGCACUGUUUUUGUGAAUGUGUCAUUUUCCCCUGAAGAAAAACACUCGGCAAUAUUGGCCCGAAGUUUUUCAAUCAGCCUUACUGUCUCCUUUCUACUGUUUCUGUUGCUGGUAUUCAUUCUGAUUACACUAGUUUUAAGACAUAAACAAAAAAAUUCAGUAAGUAAGUAUGAGGAAAAGAAAACCUCAUCUUCUUUAGAUGACAAUUCGAAAUUGGCUAGUGAUACCAGCAUGCUCACAACCUUCCAGAAAGUGAAUGAUUAUAGUAAUGAAGUGGUACCCAUGGAUUCCAUGCCUGAAUGGUUGAGUUUAAUAAGCAUGAUGGAGAAGGACAUAGUACAACUGUACAGGCAUUCAAAUUCCAGUGGCCAUUGUUCUGUGGAAGGAGAAACUGCAGAAGAUAAGGAAAUUCAGAGGAUAAAUGAGCACCCUUACAGGAAGGACUGUGGGUCAGCCCUGAGUGAUCGAGAUUCCAGAGUGCCAGACUCUGGAAUCCCAAGAGACUCAGACCAGCUCUCCUGCUUGUCUGGAGAAACUGACCUGGUGGUCACUGUGGAAACAGCAGAAACGAGCCAUACAUUAGAAGAAGGAAAUGGAGGAGGAGGCUGUGGCACAGCCUACAUUCAAAAUGAAGUGUUAUCCCACACAGUUCAGAAGAGAGGGAUAAAAGAGGACGUCCUGCCUGAUGUCAGAAAAGAUUACAUCUUCAUUUCAGAUGAGCAGGAGGCAAGAGGUGCAGCUCCUUCAAGCAAGAUAACCUCUGAUCACAAUGUAAAAGGCACUGGUACCUGGGAUCAUCUCCUCAGUUGGGAACCCAAGUUUCAAUCUCUUGCCUCAGUAUUUAAUGAUAUUGCAAAACUGAAGGAUGAACACUUACGUGUGCCUGGUGCUCCAAAAGAGAACAAAUCUUUUGUUUUUCCACCACCUUUGAUAACAGCAGUAGCUCAGCCUGGAAUUAAAGCAGUUCCACCAAGAAUGCCAGCCAUAACCUCAGGGCGGGUAUUUCCAAAAUACCCACGCUCCCCUGUUCUCUACCAUAGCCAUUCUCUGCCAGAAGCCAUGACUCCCAGUUUUUCUCCAUCUCUUUCCCUAUUGACCAUACAGACUCCUGCCAUGUCUCCACUACUGUCAAAUACAGAAUUCAUAGGAACCCAUGUAAGUGCUACGUGCUAUGAACAGAAAGCAGAAGAUGAAAUUCAAAUAUAA